CUCCAAGUGUUCACCUGCGCGACUACGAAACUGUCUACCUUUUUUCGAGGGAAACUGAAAUAUCAGGAUGGGCGCUAUCGAGUGGGUAACCGAGGAAGACAACUACGAAUCUCCUCUUUCGGCGGAAACGCAGAAACUUGCCAAGGAGGAGCUCAGGGAAGAUAAAAAUACCAGAGACCAAGCACUCGAGCAGAUGCGUAAUUGGAUAAAGAUGAAUCCGCGUAUUCAGAAUUGUCGUCUCGAUGGAAAAUUUUUGCUGAGGUUCUUGAGAUGCAAAAAGUUCAACGUUCCAAUGGCGGAAGAGGCGAUCGAAAGAUAUCUGCUGCUUCGUCAAGUUUACCAUCCCGCUUUUCAUAAUUUAGACAUGAUGGAUCCAACGAUAGAAGAGUUGCUGUCUCUGGGAUAUCUGUUCGCUGUACCCGGACGUGACAAUAAAGGUCGCCGUGUUAUAAUUGCCAGACCAGGUGUUUUCGAUCCCCAUAAGUAUACGAACGCCGACAUGUGUAGAAUUCACGCGAUCACUUAUGAAAGCUUGAUGGAAGACGAGGAGAGUCAAGUACGGGGUUUCGUGCAUUUUGCCGACGGAGCUGGUGUCAGUUUUCCGCAUCUGACCCUCUUCACGCCCAAGGAAGCUGUCCGUAUCGUAAAGAAUGGCGAGCGAACAAUACCGAUGCGACACAAAGAGGUUCACGCGAUUAAUACGCAUCCUUCUUUGAAAUUUGCUCUUGAUUUCGGUAUGUCGUUGAUUUCCGAGAAGAUAAAGAAACGUGUGAAAAUUUACACCAGUCUCGAAGAGGCCGUCAAUCAAAAAAUAGAUACGAGCGUGUUGCCUAAGGAGUACGGCGGGACGAUGCCUAUGAAAGAAAUGAUCGCGCUGUGGCGAAAGGAAAUGCUGGAAACAAGACCGACAUUGUUGUGUCACGAUAAGAUGAGAGUGUGCUUGGAAUUGUACUCCGAGAAAGCCCGGGAAGGCGCGGUGUCGGCUUUGAAACAGGGCUUCGGCUGCUCCGAUAUCGGCUCCAGUGAUUCCACCAUGUACGGUAUUACUGGCUCUUUCCGAAAACUCGAGGUGGACUGA